CCGACCGGACAGCUCAUUCAUGAGCAUUCUGAACCCGCUCAACACGAUCCGCUAUCUCAUCAAAUACAAGCUGAAAUGGCUGCUACUCAAGUUACUCAUAAUUUCACUGAUCAUCCUGCUGCUUGCUCUCUUUAUCUACUCCAGUCCCGGUUGGCUGUCCAAGAAGAUGUGGAACGCUUAAAGAAGAGUGGCUUACGCAAGAGCCUGGGGCAACAGCCAAGCAUGUUCUUUCUAGUUCGUGGCUGGCACUCGAAUCGUGUUGGCGUAACUACUUAUUUGUACAUAGCACACGAAAUGCGUGAAGCUCUCUCACACCCCCAGUUGCGCUGGACUCAAGCUAUCAAAUGA